ACCGCCAUUUUGAUUUCUCGCUAGAAAAUAUCCACUCAAGGGUAAAGAGACUUUUGCAAAUGGAGGAUGGAGUUGUAGGAAGCAUUUGGAUACAUAAAUGUGGACAUGGAGAAGCUUAGCCGUCCUAAAGUUGGAAUUGGUAUAUAUGUGUUGAGUGAGAAACAUCCAGGGUGCAUCCUGUUAGGGCAAAGGAAAGGUGAUGUGUUUGGGACAACAAAAUAUGGACUACCAGGUGGCCAUUUAGAAUUUGGUGAGGAAUGGUUAGAGUGUGCUUGCAGAGAAACACUUGAGGAAACUGGUCUUUCUCUAGUAUCAGCUGCAAUAGCAACAGUAUCCAAUGUAGUAGACCAAGCUUCAAAGUCACAUUACAUAGAAAUCACAGUAGUAGGCUACACAGUGGGUGAACCAAUGAACUUAGAACCAGAUAAAUGUACAGGCUGGAUGUGGACAGCAUGGAGUGACUUACCAAAACCUGAUAAGUUAUUUGAGCCCAUUAACCAACUUCUAAAACUAGGCUUCAAUCCUUUUGACAUUCCCAUGGAUGAAUUUUUGGAACUAAAAAUGGAGCCUGGAAAAACAAAUGCUGAGUGUGGAGAGGAUUCAGAUAUUAUCUCAUCUGGUGAACCUUCUCCCAAGAAAGUGAAAACUCAGAAUGAAGGAGAAACAAAUAGUGUUGAUGCUAAUAUAAAUAAGGAUCGCUCUUCAGAAGCAACUUUAUAUAGAGCAAUGUUCAAAGAUAUUAACAGAUAUCUGAAGUCAAAGAAAUCAUGCAACAUUUCUCCAGAAAAUAUUACCUCAGGUAUUAACAAUCACAAUGACAGUAACUCUCACCGUCCAGGUGUGGGGGUAGGGGCGAUAGUGACUGACCCCAUACAUCACCCAGGGUGUGUACUAAUGGGGGUGAGGAAAAACAAAAUGGGCUUGGGAUUGUAUGCUCCACCAGGAGGACAUCUAGAAUACAGUGAAGAUUGGGUAGAAUGUGCACAAAGGGAACUUGUAGAAGAGUGCAACAUAAAAUUAUCUAAUCCAAGAUUUGUUCAGGUUGUUAAUGCAACUGAAUUGGAGAAAAACUACCAUUAUGUGACAUUGUAUAUACAAGGGGAGUUGGAUGAAAGCUUCAGGAAGGAACCAGAAAAUUUGGAGCCAGAAAAAUGUGAAGGAUGGGAGUGGAUAUCCUGGGAUAAUUUCCCACCUCAUGAGCGACUGUUCCGGCCAAUGCAGUGCCUACGGGAUUUGAAGUAUGAUCCUAUUGCAAAUAUUCAGACACCCCAUGGCCCUGAAUGAUAUUGUU